UUCUGCAUGGACAUCGGUGGAAAUCUGGCCAAAGUUGAAGACAUUGCAGAAGUAACUUUCCUCAACUCUCACCUGAAAGAGGCCACAAAAGAAGUGAAGAGAGUUUGGAUCGGAGGCCACGACAAGUUCCUUGAGGGACAGUGGAUGUGGACGGAUGGUUCCGCAGGUCCUGCGAUGGGGUGGAAGCUGUGGAGUCCAGGUCAGCCCAGCGACAGCAGCGGAGCAGAACACUGCAUGGAGAUGAACUACUCAGGGGGCAUAAACGAUGACAAGUGCCAUGAAAGGAAACCCUUCAUUUGCUCCCGGCCUACAAGACCUUUAUAACUUCCUCAGAGAAGUCACGUCCUCUGGUGUCAACGUCUCCAGGAUCUUUUCAACAAUUGUGAAGACUAUUUGGCAGCCAGCUUCUGUGUGGGUGUAUGGAAUGGUGCAUUAUUUGGCAGUUUCUGUGUGGGUGUCUGAAAUGGCUCAUUAUUUGGCAGUCUGUCUGAUCAGUAUGUGAAUAUUAUAUCUAUAUUGUGACAUGAUUAAGUUUAACUACUAGUAAUUACCAGUUUGUCAGAUUGUUUCAGCUUCUUAAAUGUGAAUAUUUCCUGGUUUAUUUUGCUCCACAGAACAAAGAAAUCAUUAAAACAAUCAUUUAUGCACCAAACAACACUUGAUUCAUCGAGAAAGCAAUCGACUUAAAAUAUUGUAAAGCACUUCAUGUGAAAUAAAUAAUAUUAUUUACUACUUCAAAA